AUGAGAAAACAUUUGAUAAAUUAUUCAACAACAGCCACAACAACAACAACAUCACGAGGAGGUGGCUUUUUGAUAGGAGGAAGAACAAUAUUUAAUAAUAAUACUGGUCAUAAUUUAUUAUCAAGGAUUAUCGGAGGAGGAAUAUUAACAACUAAUAACAACACUGCCAAUUAUUCAAUUUUAUCUAAACGUAAGAAAAUUGAACAAAAGAUUAAUCAAGUAAAACAACAAAUUCCAAAGGAUCAAUUUAAAAGUAAAAUUAAUCAAUUAUUUACUAGUGAAAAAGUGGACCAAUUCAUUGAAAAACAAUUUCCGAAUGAUUAUAAAGAUUUGAAAAAACGUGAGGAAUUAUUGAAUAUUGUUGAUGAGCCUAUUGAACAAGAGGAACAACAAACUUCCAAUGAGCUGUCGAAAAUAGAUACAAAUAACAAGAAGGCUAAAAACACUGUUCAGGAAAGAGUUUCAUUCAAGGAUAUGUUAACUAAGGAGGAAAAGAUUGAACUCACUUUGGAGAAUUUACAUAAAAUCUUUAAACGUACAGCUGAACAUUCACCAAAGAAUUCUAAAGUAGUGAAGGUAACAAUUGUUGGUAAUCCUAAUGCUGGUAAAUCGACAAUUUUGAAUCGAUUUGUUUCAAGAAAGGUUUCGGCAGUUUCACCAAAAACUCAAACAACACGUUCUAGAUCAUUGGCUGUGUUAAAUAAUGAGGAGAAUCAAAUUGUAUUUUUUGAUACACCAGGUAUAUUGAAUAUGGAAUAUUCUAGAUUGAAAACAGAUAAAACUGCCAGAGAAACCAUUGAAGGAUUACAAGAGGAAUCAUGCUUAACAUUGGAUUUGGCAGAUGUUGUUUUACUUUUAAUUGAUGUUACUAAACCAUUGAGAGAAAUUGAUCAUAUUUUGGAUUUAAUUGCCAAUUAUGCAAAGAAAGAUAAGCAAUUCCACUUGUGUGCCCUCAUUAACAAAUCUGAUAUGGUUGAAAUGGAUAGAUGUGAAGAAUAUAGAUUUGAAUUGGUUCGUUCAGGGGUUUUCAAUCAGGCCUUUAUUAUCAGUGCCAAGACUGGGUAUGGUAUGGAAAGUGUUAUCAAAUACUUGUGUGAAAAGACCCGUGACAGAAAAUGGUUUUUCGAUAAGGAUCAAGUUACUCCUGGAAUCACAACCAUGGACACUAUUAAGGAAAUUAUUAGAGAGAAGCUCUAUAGAAGAUGUAAUAAGGAAAUUCCAUAUCAAACUGUAAUUAAUAUUACCAAAUUGGAAUUGUCAAAAUCUGGUGAACAUUUAAUCAUUGAUGCUGACUUAAUUGCGAGAACAAACAGUCAACUCAAAAUCAUUCAACAAUCCUUAAAAUAUAUUCACACCUAUGCCUUGGCCGAUUUACAUAGAAUUUACAAAGUUAAUAUUCACUUGAAUUUUGGUUUAAAGGUCAAAGAGGUCAAAUAA